AUGAUGAGAACACAUACAGAUACUACUGGUGUCUGGUAUCAGAUUGAGUCUCAACUCAAGCCAAGGAUUCAAUCAACUAGUAGUGAUGCAGUAUCAUACAAACCGUCAGAUGAAAUUGUGAUACGACUGAAGAAAAAAGCCCAAGAAUUACUUGAGCAUCAAGUGCAACAAGAUGAGAAUCAAAAGCAUGAAACAAUGUCCAGUGAUGCGAAAUAUGUCGCGACAAUGAUGAAAUCUGGUACUUUAUCGGAUCAAAUUGCUGCACUAACACUUACAAUUCAGGCCUCUCCUUUGUCGACAUUACUACGACUUGGUCAAUUGAUUACAAUGGCCAAGAAAAAAGCUCGUCGAGAAAGUCUCAUGGCAAUUGAAUCAUUGAAAGACUUAUUUCUCAAUACGUUCUUACCGAAUGAAACCAAGUUACGAUAUUUUCAUCAACAUCCACUACAAAUGGCACAAUCAUCACCUACUCAUUUAAUGCUGUGGUUCUUUGAACAUUGUCUCAAAACAGCGUAUACACAGCUUUUAACUGUCUUAGCUUCCGGUAUGGACGAUGCAGUGGAUAGCCAUAAACGUACGUGUCUACGUGCUGCUAAUGCACUAUUGCGUGCAAAACCAGAACAAGAAGCAACGCUAUUGGCCAUGUUGGUUAAUAAACUUGGGGACCCGGACCGUAAGAUUGCGGCAUAUUUGCAUCGGAUGUUGCAGGAACUACUUCGGGAGCAUCCAGUUAUGAAACGUGUUGUAGUGGAUGAGGUGGAAAGGUUACUUACCCGUCCAAAGGUAUCAGAUCGUGCCAAGUACAAUGCUGUGCUUUUUUUAAAUCAGAUAUAUCUUGAUAGUGACGGAGGGGAUGCUGACCUAGCUGCUCAUUUGAUAUCAGUCUACUUUGGCCUCUUUUCAAAAGAAGUGCAUCGUCAUGACGUGGAGAAGAAGACAAUAAAGAAUGACAAGAAGGGAAAAACUAGCAAGAAGAAGAAAACUGCAAGCCCAGUCAUGGAAGAGGCUAUGGACCGCAAACUGCUAAGUGCGCUCCUUGGCGGUGUCAAUCGCGCAUUCCCGUACGCGAAUGUCACUUCGGCUAACUUUAUCGGCGAGAUUGACUCGCUGUUUCAGGUCGUGCACCGUGCCCACCAUAGCACUAGUGUUCAGGCACUCAUGCUGCUAUUCCAGGUUAUGAACAGUACUAAUUCCGUUUCUGAUCGGUUUUACACUGCACUAUACGACAAGCUUAUUGAUCCCAAGGUGCGCGAGACUUCCAAACAGACGCUUUUUUUGAACUUAAUCUUUCGCGCAAUGAAGGCAGAUGUGUCACCUGCGCGCGCCAGUGCUUUCAUUAAGCGUUUAUUGCAGCUUGCUAGCAUAAUGCCACCGGCUUUUACGUGUGCUGUUCUUUUCCUGUUAUCUGAGCUAGUCAAGAUAAAGCCCCAGCUUCGGACAUUGGUUGACCAGCCCGAGGCUGGCUUGGCUACUGGCAAUGCCGCUGAUGACGAACAUUUUGUCGAUGCGAAGACGGAAGACAUCGCUUUUGAGCUUGAGAAGGAGGAAUCUGACGACGAUAACGACGACACCUUAGAAGAUGCUGAAUUGGAUAAGCUGAAUGAUGGUUUCACGGAUGAGGAGCGCUCAGCCAAGGUGCUGGCGACGAUGUUUGGUAGUCCCGAAAAGCAGUCAAAGAAGUCGAAGGGCGCUGUUGAUGUAAACUUUGACAAUGGCCCUGCCGUCAAGAUCAUGGCCAACAAGAAGAAGGCUGGAGACAAUAAAAACAAAGGCGGGUACGAUCCUUCCAAGCGGAAUCCGCUAUUUGCUGGUGCUGAGUCGUCGUGUGCUUGGGAACUACAGAUGUUGGCGCACCAUUAUCACCCGUCUGUACAGAGUUUCACCCGACAACUUCUUGAUAGCAAGGACAUUGGUAUUCAGUACGCUGGCGACCCGCUCGUGGACUUUACGAUGCACGCAUUUUUUGAGAAAUUUGUCAACAAGAAACCACGCCAUAAAGUGGCUGAUACAAGUAGCAAUAUUGGUGCAAAGGCGAAGAACUGGACGUUUGCCCCUAUCAAUACAGAGGCUGUGCUGAGGGAGAAUGAGACAAACGUAGACGCAAGCGAUCAGUUUUUCUACAAAUUUUUCAAGGAACGUGCUACUCGUAAUGCAAUUCAUCCUCGUAGCCGCCGCACUGAGAAGGGGAAAACUGAGCGUGAUGGUGACGCUGUUUUCGACAUGGAAGAUGGCGACGAAGAUGAUGAAGAGAUUGAUGCUUAUGCGCAGGAGUUGGCCGAGGGGAUCAUUGAGGACGGCAACCUGGACGAUGAAGACCCUGACAUUGCCAACUGGACUGAUUCAGACGAUGAUGAAGAACUGAGACUGGAUGGUGAGGUGGAGGAGGCAAAGCAUAUCACCGGAGAUCUGACUGUCGAAGAGAAUGCUGGCGACGAUAAAGGAAAAGAUGAUGGCGGGAAAUACGAAAAUGAUCAAGUGGGCGACGAUGACGAGAAUGACGACGAGGUUGCCUUUGACUUUUCAGUCAUAGGCGGGGUGGAUGAUGACGAUGAAGUGCUUCAAGAGGAGCUACUUGAGCUGGAUACGAGGAGAACGAAAAAGACACCACCAAAGGCAGGCGAUAAGCGCAAGGUCAUGUUUGCCGAUGCUGACGAUUACGACCAGAUUGUGAAGGUGGCUAUGGCCAAGCAAGCAAAGAAUUCUAAGCAGACUAAGAGAAAAAAGUCAAAGAAGCCGCGACAAUCGUAG